AUGGCAACUAAUGUUGCGGUUCCGCCGCCACCAAAGGCAAAAAAACCCUAUGAAGAAAUUAGUGCCAUAUUUAAUGGAAAUGAAGUAAAAAUACGUGUGCCAAAAAGUACAUCAAAACCACCAAAGCUUACUCCAUCCCAGUUAAAGUUACAACAGAGCUGCACUUGUGAAGAUGAUGAGUCCGUCUGCUCGGAAACCUGCGGAAUGGUGCGUGAUGGGGACGACCAAUGCCCAGGGCACAGGUUGGAUUUCCAAGUUCCUGACGAUAUUUGCGAGUCUCUCACACACAGGACGAAUCUGAAUUCAGAACUCGUUUACUCGAAGCACCAUGGCAACGACACGAUGUGCAAUAUCUGUAAUGUGACGCCAAAAGACGCUCCUAAAGGCGUGCAAGCGCAGAAAGUUCUACAUCCAGAUAAAGAUGUGUUCAUACUAAAGAUUGGAAAGCAAACUGAUGAACCAAACCGUACGGGAAACAUUGAGGUGGAGCUAGUGACGCCUCGUGCACCAGCCAAACCGCAGCCAAAGACCCACCACUGCAUGCAGAUCCAAUGUGAAGAGGAAGACAUGCCUUGCUGUCUCCCUUGCAGGAUGUGCCGAGGCGGCAUGAUCAUGCCCAGGAAACGCAAACUUAAAAGACCCAGAUGCUGCCCCUACUGA